CAUUGACUCCAGGGGAGAACUGAGCCGCUGCGCGCUGCCUGUCUGACUCUCCCCAGAUCGAAGAUGGCGGUGUCCGUGUUCUCAGGCGUGCGCCUCCUCUCCAUCGGAGACGCCAACGGAGACAUACAGCGACAUUCAGAGCAACAACCUCUGCGACUAGAAAUCAAAAUCAAUCAGGACGUGGCUCUCAUAAGCCUCUCGAACAAUGAGGAGACGUGUGUCUUUAAGUGUUCAGUAUCACGAGAGACAGAAUGCAGUCGUGUUGGGAAGCAGUCCUUCAUCAUUACUCUGGGCUGUAACAGUGUCCUCUUGCAGUUUGCAUCUCCAGCAGAUUUCUCGUCGUUUUAUAACCUCCUGAAGAAUUGCCGUGGACAUGGGGGCGAACGCUCAGUCUUUAGUGACAGGACGGAGGAGUCUUCAGCUGUACAGUAUUUCCAGUUUUAUGGCUACCUCUCUCAGCAACAAAACAUGAUGCAGGAUUAUGUGCGAACUGGAACAUAUCAACGGGCCAUCCUCCAGAAUCAUACUGACUUCAAAGAUAAAGUGAUUCUGGAUGUAGGCUGUGGCUCUGGGAUUCUAUCGUUUUUCGCAGCCCAGGCUGGUGCCCGUAAAGUUUAUGCUGUGGAGGCCAGUACCAUGGCUCAGCAUGCAGAGGUUCUUGUGAACAGUAACAGACUGUCGGAGCGUGUUGUGGUGAUUCCUGGGAAAGUGGAGGAAGUAACCCUACCCGAGCAGGUGGACAUAAUUAUCUCUGAACCCAUGGGCUACAUGCUGUUCAACGAAAGGAUGCUGGAAAGCUAUCUGCAUGCCAAGAAAUUCCUCAAGCCCAACGGCAAAAUGUUUCCCACAAUUGGAGACGUUCACCUCGCCCCUUUCACAGAUGAGCAGCUUUACAUGGAGCAGUUUACAAAGGCCAAUUUCUGGUACCAGCCAUCUUUCCAUGGGGUGGAUCUGUCUGCGCUGAGAGGAGCUGCAGUAGACGAAUACUUCAGACAGCCGAUUGUGGACACUUUUGAUAUCAGGAUUCUGAUGGCCAAAUCGGUGAAAUAUACAGUGAACUUUUUAGAAGCUAAAGAAGAGGAUCUCUACAAGAUAGAAAUUCCCUUCAAAUUCCACAUGAUGCAUUCAGGGCUUGUACAUGGGCUGGCUUUUUGGUUUGAUGUCGCAUUCAUUGGAUCAGUGAUGACAGUGUGGCUGUCUACGGCCCCCACAGAACCCCUCACUCACUGGUACCAGGUGCGCUGUCUGCUGCAGUCGCCUCUCUUUGCCAAGGCAGGGGACACAAUGUCAGGCACUGCACUUUUAAUCGCCAACAAGAGACAAAGCUAUGACAUUAGUAUUGUUGCUCAAGUAGACCAGACAGGCUCCAAGUCCAGUAAUCUAUUAGAUCUCAAGAACCCCUUCUUCCGGUACACGGGCACAACACCCGCCCCGCCUCCAGGUUCACACUAUUCGUCCCCCUCAGAGAACAUGUGGAACACUGGGGGAACCUACAGCAUGAGCCAAGGCAUGGCUGUGUCAGGGAUGCCGGCAGCCUAUGAUCUCAGCACUGUCAUUGGCGGCAGUGGGACGACAGUGUCCCACAAUAAUCUCAUCCCCAUUGGUACAGACACGCAUGCACUGAACACGGGGAUUGUGAAUCACACUCACUCCAGAAUGGGUUCUAUAAUGAGCACCGGAAUCGUCCAGGGGGCCACAACUGCCCAGCAAGGUCCCAGCAGCAGCAGUCCUUAUUACCCCGUCACCAACCAGUUCACCAUGGGCGGCCCGGCUAUCUCCAUGGCAUCGCCUAUGGCCAUCCCCAGCAACACCAUGCACUACGGGAGCUAAGGCCAAAGGACGGCCUCUGCAUGUCCAAUUACCCCCUCACCCACCUCCCCCCAACCCUACCUCCCCAACCCCUGCAAACUGACCGCAGCCAAAUUCAGAAUACCAAAACCAGUACACCAGUCUCUGACCAUCACUUUAUAGUCUCUCUCUCGCUCUCUCUAUAUAUAGAUAUACAUGUAUACGUAUAUAUAUAUAUUCUAAACUCCGUUUCUCUCACUGGUGUUUUAUUCUUACAUAUCCGUCCCGCGGCCCUAUAACAUUAGCGUGCGCAGGCAUUCGGCCAGUUCGACACAUCUGAGGUGUAUCAUUGUUACUUUUUCUCCCCAACCCAACACACAGCGCCUGCUCCACAACCAGCCACUAGGAGGCAGCACUUGUCUGUAAGCAUGCUGAAAAAGCACAAACCAGAGACUCAACGAAAAGGACUCGUUCGGAAGAACGCUGACGGGACACAUUUAGAUUUUUCUUUUUUAUAUAUAUAUAAAUGCUUUACAAAUGUGCACAUGUUCCCCCCUUACUUCAUGAACUCCCACUUUAUUUUUAACCGCCAUCAUUGACUGUUGAUAUGAAUUUGAGAUAUAUUGCAGGAUCUUGCCACUUCACCCUCAGCUAUCGCAUCUCGAUUCUCUCAGCAUGUGCUUUUGACGGCCAUCUCGACUCACCUCGACGUUCGCAACCUCACCGGAAGAGACGGACACGUGCUGUAGUUGCUCACAAGGUUCAUUUCGACUACUAGAGCAGCACCGCUGGAUCCUGCCGGUAGACAACCAUAGUGUAGAUAGACAUCGUCUUACUUUUCAUUCCAUUUCUGACUGUGUGUUUUAAUGUAGUGCAGUCCCAGAUUUAUGUGUGUCGCUUGGUGUUCCCUGAGGUGAAUUCUGAGCGUGGAUUAUCGAGACUGCUUCUGUCCACCUCCGGCUCCGACGCGGCGCAAAUCUGACUUAUAAAUUGGCGGAUUCAUUGUUAGUCAAUUAUAAGGACACUGAGGUUUAAGGAAUACAAAGACCAGCAUCGAAACCCUCCAUUACCAGCAAAGGAGGACUGCGGACGGACUGCUGGGAUGGACAGUCGGCACUUGGGGGAGGAAGACAGAUGGAUGAAUGACAUAAACAGUGAGGUCCGUGGACACACACUGACCGCUGCAGCAGGAAUUGCAGUAUCCUAGUUUACAUCCCCCCGAGCCCUUUUCUUGUCAACUUCUGUGUGUUGUGAGACUUGCUGAGGAAAGGAGGAGAUCAAGUGAUGCCUGACUAGCUAUAACUUUCCUCCUCUUUUCCUCCCCUCUCUCCCUCCUUCCCCUGUCCCACACCGGGGAUAUGAUAAUGACAAUAGCCCCAUCCAAGACUCUGAAGUCGUAUGCACCGCUUCCAGUCACUUUUUUUUUUUUUUUUUUUUUUUCCAGUUAAUUCAGUUUGAUUUAGCAACAAUCAUGAGAUGAAAACAACCAUGCCUGCUAGUUUGUAGAAUUAACUUUUUGUUUUGUUUUUGUUUUCUUUCACAAAAAAAGCAACAGACAAAAAGGAGCAAAUUAAAUGUUGAUGGAGAAGUCCCAAAGUG